AUGGUGGGUUUGUUGUCUGAUUGGUUGACUGAUUUUUCACUAACAUUUUAUAGGUAUGCAAACAUUCGACGAUCAUUUCCUCCAAUCACAUGCGAGCCCACGUACAAACUGCAGCCUGAUUGGACAGAAAAAUUCAAUCCCAGAAUUGUGGAGAACAUUUUAAAGAUUGAAAUGACGAAAAAUGCCACCAUCACGACUUACAAUCACGGUUUGAUGACACAGAACAGUCUCCAGUUACUGAACAGAGUCAAAAUCUCAAUUAAAUCUCUCAACUUCAGACGGUACGUCAUCAUCCUCCAUCUUGUCCUAAUUCAGAAUUUAGGCCAGGGGGUCCAGUCGGCCAGUCGCUGUCUUUGGCAUCCGGAAAAUGAUGAUAAGGUCACUAACGUGAUGAAAGUUGGCGACGUUUUCGUUGAGGUCACCGUGUUCGGGGUUUACAAAAUGUAG